CAUACACAGAGUGAGAGAGACAAUAAUCGGAGCAGAGAUUUUAUUUUUUUUUGAGAAAUUAUCAAUGGGUAACAUAGAGAGCGUAGCAAAAGCUGCACUUGAGAAAUUGAAGGAGAUGAAUAUGGUGGAAAACGCAAAGGAGAUCGUCAAAAGAACAACGCCGUUUGUAUCGGAAUAUGCGCGGAUCCUAUUUGAUGGGUUACUGGAAAAUCUGAAGCAGAUUGUCGUGAAAACGAUGCCGGUCGGGCGAACUUCAUCCGACUGGUUACUGGAAAAUCUGAAGCAGAUUGUCGUGAAAACGAUGCCGUUUGUACGAACCUCAUCGGACUGGUUACUGGAAAAUGCGAAGGAGAUUGUCGUGAAAACGACGCCAGUUGUACGAACCUCAUCGGACUGGUUACUGGAAAAUGCGAAGGAGAUUGUCGUGAAAACAACGCCGUUUGUACGAACCUCAUCGGACUGGUUACUGGAAAAAGCUCCUGCACGGAUAUCUACUUCGAUAAAUUCGAUCCGUAUAGCUCCAAUAUAUUACACCAUUCCAAUCGGAUUUCUGCUGAUUUUGUUCCUCCGCCGGUGCUGCAGCGGCGGCGACGGCGGAAAUGGGAAGACGAUGAAAGCUCCGGGAAGGAAUAAUGUAAGGAUACUGGAAAAUGCGAAGGAGAUUGUCGUGAAAACGACGCCGUUUGUACGAACCUCAUCGGACUGGUUACUGGUAAAAGCUCCUGCACUGAUAUCUACUUCGAUAAAUUCGAUCCGUAUAGCUCCAAUAUAUUACACCAUUCCAAUCGGGUUUCUGCUGAUUUUGUUCCUCUGCCGGUGCUGCAGCGGCGGCGGCGGCGGAAAUGGGAAGACGAUGAAAGCUCCGGGAAGGAAUAAUGUAAGGAUACUUAGGCGUAAUUUUGAAAGCAGUCCUAAAUCCUAUUUCCGCGAUCUCCGCUCCCGAAAAAACUAAUUUUGGUAUAAUUAUUUGGUAUUCGAUAUCUACGUAUUUUGUUUAAUUUUUAAG